AUGUGGAAGGACCUGAACAAUUAUGUAGAUGGAACUCUUCAGAUGGAGAAAGACAAAUACUGUGUGAUUUUACUUCAAGACAUUAGUGAAUCCCAGGACAAUAGCUUGGAACUGGUAAAGCAUGUUUCUCGAAGACAGCAAAAAAGAAUUCCUACAUCAGUGACAGAUCAAUGUGUCACAAACUCAUCUCCAUUUUUCCUUGCCAAAGCCAUUGCUGUAGCUCUGGGGAUCCAUUUCAUUGCAAUGGUAAUUAUAGGCAGUGCCAUGGUCAUAAAUUCAUUAUUUAACCAAGGAGCUCCAAUAUCUUUGAAAGAAAAGUACUGUGGUCCAUGUCCUCCAAACUGGCUAUGUUACAGAAAUAACUGCUACCAAUUUUUUUAUGAGAGCAAAAGCUGGUACCAAAGCCAAGCUUCUUGUAUGAGUCACAAUGCCACCCUCCUGAAGAUAUAUAACAGAGAGGAGCAGGAUUUUUUAAAGUUGGUGAAGUCAUAUCAUUGGAUGGGGCUCCGGAUUUUAACAAAUGAAUCCUGGCAAUGGGAAGAUGGCUCCAUUCUCUCCUCUGACGUGGUAACAAUUGUUGAAAUGCAGAAUGGAAACUGUGCAGUUUAUGGAUCAAAUUUUAAAGGCUACACAGAAAACUGUUCAACUCCAAACACAUACAUUUGUAUGAAGAGGACUGUGUAA